GUGGCGUAUAAAGUGUAGAGACCGGUUAUGUCCUCAGCAACCGGUGGCGGGCCAGCAAGCACGGCCGACCAGCACAGCUGUAGUUGUACACCAGCAGUGUCAACCAACUGUUGAAGGGGGAACACCUGCCAUUCCCUGCUGCCUGGCUCAGCCUCUUGCGGUAGUUUGCUCGCGCAGUGUACGGGUUAACAGCUCUAGGAGAGACACACACUGCUGUAGGAGACAUUGUGAUACUCUUGUGGCAGCCUUUGGUCUCUUCUGACACCAUGGCCCGCCCAUCCUCCAGCCUGAGUCAGGGCCUGGCACUCCUCAUGGUGCUCCUGGCGGCCUCCACCUCUGCCAUUGAUAUAAGUCGCCUCCCAGGACAUCGUCACUACACCAAGAGAUCAGGUGAGAGUGACGUGAAGCUGAAGGGACCAUACCUUCUCUACUUACUAUCCUCCCCGCACAACAUGCAUGCAGCGUACGGAGGGUACGGCUACAGGCAGCACGACUACAGCGCCGAUACAAAAGCUGAGCGUGAAUGUAUGGCGUAUGAACCCUUCCGGUGCCCUGGGGGAACGAUGUGCAUCUCCAUCCAGUACCUGUGUGAUGGAGCCCCAGACUGUCCUGACGGCUACGACGAGAAUCCCCGCCUCUGUACAGCAGCUAAGCGUCCACCUGUAGAAGAAACUGCCUCCUUCCUGCAGUCACUUCUGGCAUCUCACGGACCCAACUACCUGGAGAAACUCUUUGGAACCAAGGCCCGUAAUGCUCUUAAGCCCCUGGGAGGCGUUGAGAAAGUGGCUAUUGCUCUAUCAGAAUCACAGACCAUUGACGACUUCGGUGACACCCUGCACCUGCUGCGGUCCGACGUGGAGCACCUUCGCUCAGUCUUCAUGGCAGUGGAGAACGGGGACAUUGGCAUGCUGAAAUCCCUCGGCAUUAAGGACUCUGAGUUGGGCGAUGUCAAGUUCUUCUUAGAAAAGCUGGUGAACACUGGCUUCCUUGACUGAGAAGUUUAAGUCACAUGUCCAGCAAAAGAAGGUGGUGGUGGUGAUAGUAGUAGGCAAGAUUAAGAGUAAAAAGCAAAAUGCAAAUUCAAGAUGGAAUUGUAUAUUAAAAAAUAAAAGAUAAGGUCCUUAGAAGAGUGAGAAUGAAGGAAAAGUUAGAUAUGGCAGAACUGAAGUUAAUGCAUGGAUAAAGGGUGUAAAUUGAAUAGAAAAUUUAAGAGUACACAGUAUUGGAUAUAAUGUUACAUGGAAGGAAUGAUGUUUACAAGAAUGUUAAAACAGAAAGAUCUAAUAAAUAGGGAGCAUGUAGAGAAUAAGAAUAUUUUUUCCAAUAACUCCUAACUACAAAGAAAUCUAUUCUACUCAGAGUAUUAUAUAAAGGGUGACCUAAUGGUCUUUAGACUAGUAACUCAUUGGCAGCCCCAACUCCAGAAGCUGGGGCCCCACGUAGUUCCAGAAGCUGGGGCCGCACGUAAUGUAGUCCCAGAAGCUGGGGUCGCGCGUACUGUAGUUCCAGAAGCUGGGGUCGCACGUACUGUAGUUCCAGAAACUGGGGUCGCACGUACUGUAGUUCCAGAAGCUGGGGCCGCACGUACUGUAGUUCCAGAAACUGGGGUCGCACGUACUGUAGUUCCAGAAGCUGGGGCCGCACGUACUGUAGUUCCAGAAACUGGGGUCGCACGUACUGUAGUUCCAGAAGCUGGGGCCGCACGUACUGUAGUUCCAGAAACUGGGGUCGCGCGUACUGUAGUUCCAGAAGCUGAGGCCGCACGUACUGUAGUUCCAGAGACUGGGGUCGCACGUACUGUAGUUCCAGAAACUGGGGUCGCACGUACUGUAGUUCCAGAAACUGGGGUCGCACGUACUGUAGUUCCAGAAGCUGAGGCCGCACGUAAUGUAGUUCCAGAAACUGGGGUCGCACGUACUGUAGUUCCAGAAGAUGGGGCCAUAUGUAGUUCCAGAAGCUGGGGUCGGGUAUAGAUCCCAGUGUAUCAGAACCACUUUGCACUAAGUACAUUGUAAUGUUAUUGUUUAAAUUCUAUAUCAGGCAAAAUCCACGAAUAAACUUAAUUAUCCUUAAGUUAAUGUAUAGCACGUUUGCCUCUCUUAGCGCCUAAUAUAUAUAUUUUUAUGACUAUGUAAUAAGUUUUUGUUGUUAGCAUCCAUUAAAAAUUUAUCUGUAGGAUCUUAAAGUAUUUUCUGUGAUAUUGUUUUUUUGAGAGAACAGCAACUACUGUUUUGUAAACAGAGAAAGACACUCAGCUGUGAUGGUUUCACAAAAUCACACUAACAAAUUUAUUUACAAUUUCGCUUUUGCUGGGCCAAGGUAUUUUUACAAUCGAGUGAUUUUUUUUCAUGUGUUGUUGUUAAAAUUUCAAAGUUUAGGAUUUUUCAUUAGAUGUUGGGCUUCAGAUUCACUUUCAAUUUUGGAGCCUAUUAACUAGUCAUUAGUAGCAUCUUUGUAUCAAAUUAGUUAAAUUGUUUAAUAUUUUGGAUAAAAAUUCCCAAUAUUGAGGAUCUUUUAAAGAAUUGUUCUUUUAAACCCAGUCACGAGUCUUUCAUGAGCAUCACUGGGCAGCUAGCCAUGCCGCCCAGCAGCGUCCAGUAGAAACGGACUCCAUCUGUGUCUUAUGGUAAUCACUGGCAAGUUUGGGUCUUCAUCCUCAUGUUGGUUAACUCGAGUCAUUUGAGUUUAUUCCUGUUUCACGUGUUUAAGGUUGACUUAGGGCAUCUUGUUAAAGAGAUUAACUGUCGUAUUAGGUUUACUGCUUGGGCAUGAAGCCAACAGGAGCAUCCAUAACAACCGUUGUCAGCACCAACACAGUUCUCAGUGUAUGUGUCUAUCGUCGGUAAAUAUUUCCAAAUAUUUGUUAUGUCUUCAAUAACAAUUAUAUUUGUUAAUGCUGUACUGUAUUUAAGACCAACAGCGAUCUUUUUUAAUUUUAAUUUUUAAGACAGUCACAUCAACAGCUGUCAGAUUUAAAGAAAGUUAAAACAGCAUCAGCAGUGUUUAAAAGUAACAUCUAUAGCUAUUUAGGUUUAAGACAAAUGAACUUUUUUCCUAUUUUGGCGUAAAUUGUUAUAGAGACUAGGGUGAAUUGCUACAAUAAAAAAAAAUAUUUUACUAUAUCAGUUUUAAAUGGAUGGGUUGUGAAGUGUAAGGCAACAAUAAGUGGCCCAAGACUAACUCACCAAGGACACCACAGACCAAGGACACCACAGACCAAGGACACCACAGACCAAGGACACCACAGACCAAGGACACCACAGACCAAGGACACCACAGACCAAGGACACCACAGACCAAGGACACCACAGACCAAGGACACCACAGACCAAGGACACCACAGACCAAGGACACCACAGACCAAGGACACCACAGACCACGCUAAGUAUUGAUCAUGACCAAACCACAACUCGGAAAAUACUUUAAGUAUGCUAUUGUCUUGGAGCUGUAUACACAGUACCUGUAUAGCCAUCUUGGCUCAGCAUUUUCAUUUGACAAUUGAUUACUUGUCUCACAAUCAUGAGCUAACUUAUAUAACUCAUACUACAGGCCUAUGAAUUAUAACCGAGCAAUUCCUAGCACAUCAAAAUUCUAACAUUCAUGUAUACAUAGCAAGUUACUUACCAAGAUUACCCUCGAGUCAACCAUAAAAUACAUUUUUUGUUCAAAAUCAAACUUUACCUGAUGAUCAUUUCUGUGAAGUGUUAAUCUACCUAAGUCUCUCUCGUUUAUAUGUGAUAUGGUCUGUCUUCUCUGCAUGCAUGACACUGCUUCAGUAUAUGUACAGAUGCACAAAUAUAAUGUUCUCUGGGUGUGUUAUGUUAGUGUAGAGGGCAAUAAUUACGAUAUCGUUUAGUUCUCCGAGCGUCCACACCCAACAUAUCCGUAAACUCUUGCCCAACCUCCCUCCACACCAUCACCUCCUCUUGUCAGCUUUGUGAGCAUCGUUGAAAUAUAACUAGUUGGUGUAUAUUCAAAGCUUCUGCUCAUCUCGCUAUGCCCCCAUUUUUACAAUCACCCUGUUUGAGGGCUAUGAGUAUGGAUUCUUUGAAGGCUGCUGCAAAUGCAGCUGACAAGGAUAGGUUGCCUGGGGCUGCUAGGAACACAGCUGACAAGAAUGGGUUGCCAGCAUAUUCACAUUUUACUCUGUGGCUGCCUUGCUGUCACCUUGUUUUGGUGUCUGACUUUAGUGGAGUGUUGUAACCAGAGUGUAGAGAUAACAAAUGGCAGAUGACUGUGUUUGAGUGUUAUUAAUGUUGUGAAUAAUUUUAUCUUGGUCAUAAUAAAGCGGAUGACAUCAAUAAACUCCCACUAUAAUGUGACGGCAACUCUUCUACCCUUCUAUUGUAAGAUAUUAUCUGAAUUAAUUUUGAGUGUGGACUUAUUCUCCUUAAGGAACAUGUUGCUUAAUAAAACUAUUUUAGAAAGUUUCAUGAUAAUGGAACUGUUGGUAAAUUUCUUGUGUAUUUGCAAUACUCUGAAAAUACAUUUAAAAAUAUAACAUGCAAACAGUGCAA